AUGGAGUCAAGCCGAUCUGGGGACAGUGACAGUCCCCGUGAAUGUUCAUCUAUCUUUGACAUUUUCGAACAAUCUUGUCCUACAAACCAUGAUCAGAUAAGCUCCCUUGAAAGAGGAAACCAAAAUCAUCAGAAAGCGAAAUUGGAUGUUCACACAAUUCCUGAUAGCGAUGAAGAUUGUGAUACUAAUAGAGUUCAAAUUUACCCUUCUACCUCCCACCAGCAUCAUGCCCUUACACUACCAAAUUCCGAUACAGCUUCCCUUUCGACAACGGAUGGAUCUUAUCUUAUCAUGAAGAGGCACAAUUCUCUGACUUCUUUUGCUCCCUAUCUAUCCAAAUUGUUAGAACUCCAUCCGAACGAAUCCAAUGUGGCAGUCCAAGUUGUUUCGAUCACGUAA